ACUACUGUUUUUUACUACAAUUUUAUUCUUAUGCACCAGUCAUUUGUAACCACGGCCCCCCCAGAUCCGGGGGAUAGCUGGGGAAAUGGGCCGUGAUUUUACCUUCAAGUUGGCCCCGCAGUGUAGUGUGAAUGCGGUGGUUUUGUCUUCACAUCAAUAUAGCAGGGAAUGGGCCUAGUCCAAAUAAUUAAAAAUGUCCAGUUUCGUCCUAUCCAACCCCUAUCCAAAACUGUGGGACCAUACAUACAGCAUUCUCACAGCAAAUAUAGAAGCAAAUGAGCCUUCACCUGAGCAGAUGCAUCGUUUUGACGAGAUCAUUUGUGGCUUUCUCAUGGAACAGGGAAUACCAGGGGCUGCACUCCAUAUCACUGACAAUGGAAAACCCAUUUAUAGCCAGGGCUAUGGUGUAAGCCGAUGUGGAGAAAGGGUUACAUCCUCUUCACAUUUCCGUAUUGCCAGUAUCAGUAAGGUGUUCACUGCUGUAGCUGUCGUAAAACUCUGCCAUGAGAAGCAGUGCCCUUUGUCCACAAAAGUCUUCGGUGAGAUGGGGGUGUUGCCUGAAUUCUCGUGCACGAGACCAGUCCACCAGGAAAUCACAAUCAAACACCUUCUACAGCAUUCGGCGGGCUGGGACCGCGACGUUGAGGGCGACCAUGUCUUCUGGUACCAGGACCCAAAACAUCCCCUGAACCCCUGGGACAGUGAGACACUCCUGCAAUACAUUCUCAAGACUAAACUGUCAUUUCCUCCAGGAGAGAGACAUGCAUACUCCAACUUGGGGUACCUGGUUCUGGGACUGAUAGUUGAGCAACUGUCGGGGGUCAGUUACGAGGAUUACAUUCACCAUAUUUUAACCCCACUUCUAGUAUCAGACGUCACCGUGGGAAAUACUGACUGUUCUACUGUCCACUCUACUGAGGUCCAGUACUUCAACAACAAAGAGCCUGCAAUUGAACGCUCGAUCCUCCCUUGCCAGAAAUCCAGUGUCCCGCAGUACGGAUCUUUCCCAAUGGAGACCACAGGGUCAUAUGGAGGGCUUGUCACUUCGACGUCAAAUCUUACCUUGCUUCUAGAUAGCCUAGAUUUCAAGCCUGGUGUCCCAGAGAUUUUGCCUAGACACCUUGUGAAAGUCAUGAUGGAGAAACCUAUUUUUGAGAAAGGUAACUGUUGGUAUGGCUGUGGUUUGGACAUAGAGGAUGAUGGUGAAAGUUUUGGGCACACGGGAGCAAUGGAGGGGACAUCUGCGACUGCCCGAUGUGACCAAUCCGGGCUCUCGUGGGCUCUACUCCUCAACGCCUGGGCGAAAGACAUGGAUUUGGAUGGUUUGGUGAAAUUCGCCCUGUCCACGGUUCCCUCCAUGCCGUUCUGGCUGGGAUCAGACAUUCAAAAUCACUCUGGGGUGUAUUUUGUAAGCUCAGAAGAUGGACGCGAGUUUGUGACGGUUCUUAUUCCAAGAUUGGAUUUGUUAAGCCAUGUGCUGGAAAUGAAGGAAAAGGGUUAUGUAAUUAAGCACAUCAAUGCACUGUCCCUCACAGAUGAUGUAAAGUUUAUAAUCAUAUGGCUGAAAAAGCAACCAAGCUCAUGGCAUUUUUUGAUGGAUGUUAAAGUAUCUGACUUUAAUGAACAGUUAACUCAGCUACGACAGAACUGGAGUGUAAAGGCUUUGGAGGUUUAUAUUGUUAGUAAUCUUGUCUUCUUUCUGUUUGUUCUCCAUCCUCUUUCCAGGAGUGUUGAACAGAAAGUGUAUGCUGUGUCAAAUGUUGAUGAGCAUAGAACAUGUGCUAAAUUAUUCUUAGAGCAUGGUUUCAUACAGAAAAGUCAGUCUACUGUGAAACAAAAGAAGAUAUACAUUAUCGCCUGUGUAUUUGAAAGGGAAAAAGAAACAUCAACAUCUAAACGCCGCAACAGCAAGAAUAUUCCAGAGCAAUGGCUAGAGCUGCCCAUACAAAACUAUGUUGAAGACCUCCAAAUAAAGAUUGAGAAUUAUGGUAGGCUUGAAUACCUGCAGUUUUAUACAACUGAUGAUAUGCCAGAAAUAAGUGCUGUGUGGAAAACUUCUACUAGCAUAUUAAAUGUGUUCCAGCGGCAUGAUGUUACCCUGUAUGGUUUCCUAUUUGAGUUAAGAGAGAGCAUGAUACACAACAGGUAUGUGCUGUUUGUCUCUGCUUACGAGUAUGAAGGUGUGGUCUAUUUCUCCACAAUUUGGUCUUGCUCCACAAGGACGCGAAAACGUACACGGCAGCUAAUAUCAGCUGCUAAGUGUAAAAGGAAGCCGUUUCAGCAUAAACAACGUGUGACAACUUCAGCAGGAGAUAAUCAUUACAGUAAUGAUUCCCCAGAAGUCAUUAUAGACAAUGUUGAAGAUGAAAAACCUACUCUUGAUUUAAAACCUGCACUGGCUGGUUUAGACAAUACUUCAGAAAAUUCUAUUAAACCUGACAUUUACAGUACCAGGGGUCAGCCUCGGUCUGUUUUAGGUACUCCCCCAAUGUAUUCACGUUUAAAACGUGAUCAGAAAAGGUCCUGUAAAAGGUUUUGCAAUGUUUCUGAUGAUGGUACUCAAAAGGAAGAAAGUGUAACGGUGAAAGUUGAAUAUGCAGAUGAUGAAUAUGAACCUUAUGAAUAUGAAAUACCUUUGAAUGUGGAUAUGUUUAAAGGCAAUAUCAAAGAAGACCCAAAAGACACAGAUCAUGAGUUUGGAACUGAUAUCCAAAAUAGCAGUAUUGCUUGGAAAACAAAACAAUCUGAUAUUUAUAUUAAAAGUGAACCGAUAGACAUUGAGUAUGACUUACAUGUAGCAACAGAAAAUCCCAAAGACCAACCAUUAAGGGAUAUAAUUGAUUCUGAAAGUCAUAUUAAAGUUGAACCAAUGGAGUUAGAGUAUGAGAUAGCAAUAGAAAAUCCAUGUGAAAUGUUCGGAGAUGUAAACAAAUCAGAGUAUCAAAUUAAGGAAGAACCAGAUGACUUUGGUUACGAGCUGCAUGUAGCAAUAGUAAAUCCAGAUGUCAACCUGCGAGGGGAUAUUUACAAAUCUAAGAAUGAGUUUAUUAUAGAAAAGGCUGAAGUAGCAAGAAAACCGAAUCAAAGAGAGAUGCUUGGUGAUAUAAUCGAUUCCACAUAUCCCAUUAAGAAUGAAUCAGAAGACUUUGAUUAUAAGAUAAAAGACGAACAUCCAGAUGCCAAUUAAUUUGGUGAUACUACCUAAUCUGAGAAUCCGUUUAAGAUAGAAUCAGCUAAAGAAGCGAUUGAAAAGAAUCAAAAUGACAUAAACAAUUCCCGAUGAACCAGAAGUCUUGGAUUAUAAAACAACGUUAAAAAAUCCUGAUGGCAACCUGAAAGAGGAUAUUAACGAAUUCUAUGGAACCACUUGGGUAACUUCAAGACUACGAUAAUAAUAUAAUAAUAUAAAUCCAGAUGUUAACCUGUUCGGGGAUAUAAAUGGAUCGGAGAAUCAUCCUAAGAUUGGAGCAGCAGAACAAGCAAUAGAAAAGAAUAAAAGUGAAAUGCAUGAGGAUAUAAAAUGUUCUACGUAUCCAACUUCGAUUGAACAAGAAGACUUCAUUGGAUCAUGAGAUAUCAAACGAAAAUUCAGAUUUCAACCUUGAUGAAUCUGAAAAUUAUUCUAAGAUAUAAUAAAUAAAGAAUUAUAUUAUUUUGA